AUGGGCAAACCGUUCCUCAACCUCCUCAAAGACGUCGCCGCACACACCGCCCACCGAGCCUCGGGCAACGUCAACGAGCGAACGCAAGCCAUCUACGACUCCAUCGACCCGCCGAACGAGCUCCGAAACCGAAUCCACCUCCGCAACCUCGCCCUCGUACACGUCGCGCUUAUCAUCUCGCUCAUGCAAAGGGUCGCCGGAUUGACCGUCACCAACGACCGCCAGCACGGCGCUCGUGGCGGAAUGUACGGAGCACACGAACACUACGUGCAGCUGUACCCGGUCACUAACUUCUAA